AUGGAUCGGAGAGAUCCGGCGGAGUCGGACGGCUUCAAUCUGUACACCACCGAUGCUGAGGAUCCCGGGGAUCCGAACGGCGAUCUGAGCCGAGGACCCCUAUGGCGACGGGCGCGCUAUGGGCUGCUGGUGCUGCUGCUGGUGCUGGGAUUCAUCGGCUUGGUAUGGAUCUUCGAUGGCAUCUUGGAUUGGAUGGAUACCCCGAACGAGCUGAAAGGUCGUGUUGAGGAGCUGGAAAUGCGGCACAAGACUGAGAAAGUUGAAGGGGUGGAGGAAAGUGCGAUAAAACAGGGAGAGGAUCGAUACAGGACCUAUUUUCAGACCUGCGAUCGAAAGGAUGUCCCAAACUGUCUCGCCAAAGAUGUGGACAGGGGAGUCAGCAAAUCGUCCUUUGAAGAUGAGUCCACCUGGGAGCGCGAGUGCAUCAGCGUCCCUGCCCUGGCUCCCCGCGACUUCGGUGCCUUUCGCUGCGGCACCCAGCUGACUUUGGCGGCGCCGUUGGAGGAUCUGCCUUUGGAGGUUGAGCUGGGCCAAAGUCCCUAUGAAUGGACAGCCAAGCGAAGUGUCAUCUACCUGGAACUCUGGGGCGGUGGCGGUGGCGGCAGCGGCCCAAGCCAUCUGGCUGGCGACGUCGACGUGUGGAUCUGCGGCGGUGGUGGCGGGGCGGCAGCGGCGGUGAGUCUGACGUGGCACUUGGAGAAGGGACACAAGUAUCGUAUCGAGAUCGGCCCCGGAGGCCUCCCAGGCCUUUCCGGCGGCGCCACGCGGUUCCUCCACGGCCACCGCGUCGUGGCCGCCGCCGGUGGCGGUGCCGCCGGGUCUUCGGCGCGCGGGGCGCUGCGCUUCGCGCCGGGCGGGCGCGGAGGGAGCGGCGGAAGCGUGGCGAAAGAGGCGGAUCUGGUGCCAGGCAUGGAUGGCCAGAGCAGCAGGUCCAGUUUGAGGCUUCCGCCGGAGAUCUCACCCAUCAAUCCUGGUGUCUGGCAUUCUGACAUUCCACAGGUCAACAAGAGCUUCACUCGGCUGCCCUGCACGGGACGCCAGGGAUGGAGCUGUCUUCAUAGACCGGAUUUUUACCUCGUUUGUAGCAAGGAGUUGGGCUGCUCCGGAUGCAUACAGAACUCUUCGGCAGGAGCUGUGGAAGCUGUGGGAGCUGAUCCCAAGGUCUUUGGUGAAGGGCAGCUUUUUCCUGGAGAAGUUGCAGGUGGCACAGCGGCCCACGGAUCUGGAGGCGUCUGGCGCAACGCUGGCCACGGUGGGAACGGUCAGUGCAGCGCGGUGCGUGUCCUGGAGAAGGGCAGGGUGCAGGUGCUGCCGACCAAAGGGGCUGCAGGCAGGCCGGGGUUGGUCAGCAUUCGUGGCUGUAGGACCUGGAGGAACUGGAGUGCAGAGAAAAAAGGUGGAA